UUAAAUAAAACGCGGUACUUCCGUUUAAAUAUGGCUAUUCGUUUGCACAUGAAUCACGAUUUAUCCAAAGAAAAACAAAAGGUAUUACAUUUAAUGCCAUGUAAAAUUUAUGGUGAUGAAUUUGCAAAUGUUUCCUCUUAUUUUACACCUUAUAUUCAUAAAAUGGAUAACGAACAUUAUAAUUCUUCAUUUCGUGGAUAUCCACUUCAAGGAAAAAAGAUAACAAUACCUUUUGGAUAUAAAGGUAUUAUAUUUUUUGAACGCAAAAAAACAGACAUAGAAAAUAUAGAACGUAAUUUAUAUUUAACGGGAACAUUUUCACAUUUUACUUAUUGGAAUUAUGAUAAAUUACCAUCUAAAAAUGAUGCUUUAAGAGCUGCAAUAGAUUGGAUUGAUAUCGCUGAAGCACUACAUUCUACAGAAUCAUAACUGAAAACAAAUUUAACAUAAUAUAAAGAAUUCUUAUAUAUUUAAUGAAUUAUAAAAAUUAUUCUAUUUUAAUGUAUAGAUAAAAAUAA